AGAUAGGAAUUUGACGAGCAUUGAAUUGCGAGAUCUUCAAGAAGAAAUCGUUGCUAAAAACAUGAAGUUGACCAACUUCUCGAAUAUGAAAAUGACAUGAACAAUGAAAUUCGACAACUUCGAGAAGCUGCUAAGUCUCGCUACCGCAUACAGGAAAAAUCAGUGGUAUUUUCAACUAAUGAUGUUCUCGGACGAGGGGCUUAUGGUGCUGUUUACAAGGGAGAAUUUUACGGAUCCAAAGUAGCAGUUAAAGAAUACCACGAAGUUAUUAUAUCUGAUUAUAAUUUGCAAAUUCUCCAACGUGAAGUAUAUAUCGCAUCGCAAUGUCGUCAUCCGAAUUUACUACAGUUCAUAUGCGCGACGAGAAACGAUCAAAAUCGCUUGUUAAUCGUGACAGAACUGAUGGAUACGACUUUGCGUGCAUAUAUUGAGGGACAUGCAAGCCCUCGUUCGCCGUUGAAAUUCGAGGAACUCAGAUUAAUUUCCUUGGACGUGGCAUGUGGUCUCAACUACCUUCGUUCAAUCAAACCAAGCCCAAUAGUCCACCGUGAUAUCAGCAGUGCCAACGUAUCGUUAUGGAUCGAGAAUUAUUCACCAAGAAGAGCGAAGAUAUCAGAUUAUGGUUCAGCUAACUUCAUGGAUAUGUGCAGCACAUCAAAUCCUGGAGCAGUGCUUUACGCCGCACCUGAAGCAAACCAAAAUUCACAAGACCCAAAGAUCGAUGUCUUCAGCUAUGGAAUUCUGGUCUGUGAGAUAGCAAUUUGUGAACAGCCUGAUCCCAGAAAUAGAAAAAAUCAAAGGAAAAGUAUUUCAAACAAAAAUAUCAAAAAACUUGUGAAAUCCUGUACAAAAUCAGAACCACAAGACAGGCCUACAAUGCAGAAAGUACUUGAGAACUGGCAACGCAACUCGUCAGACAACACCGGCCGGCGUCGCUUUUUGCCGAAACUAAGUUGAACGGAUCUUUCCAUGUAAU